GGAAAACGAAUCUUAUAUGGGCGUGACGCAGUCUCAUUUGGUUUAUAUGCCGCUCCUGUCAGCUGUGGACUGGCAGAGACCUCAAGUCAACGGUGUCAUCAGCUGUUCAGCAUAACAAUCCUCAGAACUCGUCAGAACAACUAAGAUUUCAAGUUCUCACUAUGGAUCUCAUAGUCACAUUGAUGAGUGGAGAAGCGCGUCCCUUGAGCGUGGAGCAGAACACAACCGUUAAGGAUCUUAAGAAACGCAUCUCCGAAGUCUUUCACCUGCCAGUGGCCAGGAUAAAACUGACCUGCGAAAAUGGGCAAAAGAUCCAGCUCAGCGACGACUCCAAAGUUUUGAGCUUUUACGGCUUGCAUUCUGGAUCUAGAGUGUGGCUGCUGGUGACUCCCGAACCCGCGUCAUUCCAGGUGUUCCUGAAGAAUGAAAAAGGUCAGACAAGCACCUACGAUGUCUCGCCUGGGGAGACCGUUACCAAGUUCAAAGCCAGGGUCUACAACAAGGAGGGGGUUCCCGUCGAUCAACAGAGGCUGAUCCACGAAGGCAAGCAAUUCGAUGACGGAAGGACUCUGGCAGACUAUAACGUUGCAGUUAACAGUACCAUUUUCCUGACGCUCCGUUUAAGGGGAGGCUGAGUAUUUGGGGAAUAUAUUUUCCAAUCUUUUACAUGACAUUUUAAAUUAUAUUACCUUUUACACUGGAAGUAAUUAGUCAAAGUGAUGUUUGAAAAUCUGUAUUUAGCUCCUUGUAACAGGCAGGAAAUCCUUAACAACGUUAUUCAUGUCAAAUGUUUAUCCACAUUAACCAAUCAUUGUAAUACGUUAAUAAGAAAUGUAACAAUUAAAAAUGGAUAACGAUCA